GUUCAGCGCAGUUUCCACUCGGAACUAUUGUGGUAGUGCGCAUGUGCAGCCGGUGCAUCAACACAGCUGCAUCCGGUUGCACUGCUGCACAGAAUUGUGCUACUAUUUCUUUUUUCUGCGGCUUUCUUUCCCUCUAACCUACCCCAGAGAAUGAGCCCAUUUACGUUAGACGCCUUAACGUCUUAUUUAACCAUAAAGUGAAACAUGGUGCCGUUGAAGAGAAGGAAAGUCUCCUCAGGUGCUGGGAAAACUGGGAAUACUUGGAGUGGAGUGCCUGCCAAAUUCCCUCAGGUGGUUUUAUUCCUGUUGGAAAGAAAAAUGGGAGCCAGUCGAAGAGCAUUUCUCUCUCAGCUCGGUCAAAAGAAAGGAUUUCAGGUGGAGGAGUUGUUCAGUGAGAGCGUCACACAUGUGAUUUCUGAGAAUAACUCUGGAGAUGAGGUCAGGACGUGGCUGGACUCACAGAUUGGAGGUCAGUGCAGGACACCGGCUCUCCUUCUGGACAUCAGCUGGUACACAGAGAGCAUGAAGGCGGGACAUCCUGUUGAAAUCCUGGAUAGACAUAAACUACAGGAGCAACAGGUUGAUGAAUCGAAGGAGGUGGAGAGUAUCGUGCCGAGCUACGCCUGUCAGAGAAGGACCACCCUGGAGAACCACAACACCGUCUUCACUGAUGCGCUGUCUCUCCUGGCUGAAAACGCUGAGCUCAGUGACGAGGACGGACGAGGCGUUGCGUUCCGACGAGCCGCCGCCGUGCUGAAGGCUCUCCACAGCCCGGUGAUAGACCUGCUGCAGCUCAGAGGGCUGCCCUGUCUGGGAGGACAUUCACUCAGAGUCAUCAAAGACGUUUUGGAACAUGGAGCAUCCAGUGAAGUGGAGUGUACAAAGCAGUCAGAGCGGUUUAAAGCACUGAAGGUGUUAACAGGUAUUUUUGGGGUUGGAGCAAAAACAGCAGAGCGAUGGAUCAGAGAGGGGAUACACAGCCUUCCUCAGUUACAGGACUCUGCACACACACUCAAUAGAGCUCAACAAGCAGGUCUGGAGCACUAUGAUGACCUCAACCAGCCGGUCACUAAGGCCGAGGGUGACGCCAUCGGAGAGAUUGUGGAGAAAGCUGUCAUGUCUGUGUUGCCAGGGGCACAGAUUACUCUGAUAGGAGGUUUCAGGAGAGGGAAGCUGACAGGCCAUGAUGUGGACUUCCUGAUAACACACCCAGAGGAGGGCAGAGAGGUGGGGCUGAUGCCUAAAGUCGUGUCCUGGUUGGAAUCAAAGGGUUUCUUGUUGUACCAGAAAACUACAAGAAACUCUUACCUGGAGUCAAAAGACGGUCCUGCUCGGCCUUCCUCCAACAUGGACCGCUUCGAGAGGUGUUACUCCAUCUUUAAACUGCCUGAGGAUGCGAAAGAAGGAACAAAACAAACGGAGACGCUGACAGAAGAUACACCUGAGGACACGUGUCGUCUUACAACCCCCUCGUUGGUUAAAGAUGAAGGAAGUGAGUCGACAAAACGUGCCAAUCUCAAACCAUGGAGAGCGGUCAGAGUGGACCUGGUGGUGUCGCCCAUCAGCCAGUUUGCUUUUGCUCUGCUGGGCUGGACCGGAUCAAAGUUGUUUGAGAGAGAGCUGCGCCGCUGGGCGGGGCACGAGAAGGCCAUGUCUCUGAGCAGCCACGCUCUGUACGAUAACACACAGAGCAAGUACCUGAGAGCUUCAUCAGAGGAGGAGAUUUUUGCUCAUCUCGGUCUGGAGUACAUCCCUCCGUCAGAGAGAAACGCCUGACCGGAGCUGAGGAUCUCCUGCAGGAGGAACCAGCAGGUACCAUGUGAGGGUCAUACCUGCAGAGAGGGGGGGGGCAGGGGGGGUUAAUGCAGUAUCAGCUGGUGGUUCAGCCCAAAAGACAGAACUGCACGGGGCUCUAUUGAUGCAGUCAUGUUGCUUCAGGAUCCAUGAUUAUUAGGUAACUAAAUCCAUGACUGAUUCCAAAAUAAUACCAUUUUAUAACUAUAAGAUUUUAGAUCACUGAAAAGCUACCAUCAACUAUUUUAUCCACGGUCACAACAAUCGCAGCGUUUGAAAACGCAAGAAGAUGGAAUAUGAAAAAUAUGAUGAAGGAAUACAGAACAUUUUCCCUCAUAACUUUUUACCGGAUUAAAAAUGUGACUUUUUUGUUCGUCAACGCGGAGUUUUUUGUGCGGAUUCCUCAGUGUUGCCGUCCCGCUGCACCGCUGAACUGGCCUCUUAAAAUGCAUGAGUAGCUGCGUUUGUAUGGCCUUUUAUUGCCUUUUUUUGCCCUGUUUGCACAUUAAUAUGAACUGAAUUCCAAAAAUGGAAUUUUGAAGCAAUAUUUGCACUGUAGGGAACCUGUGUUAGUGGACUAGUCAACUAGGCUAAGACUAAUACAGUGUAGUACAGCAGUCCUUUAAUAAAUCACCUACGAAGGCAAUGCUUUUCAGUUUGUGUUAAAACUGUUUUAGAGAGAUGUUUAUUCCACUUUAUGAUCAUUUUGGAUGCAUUUAGUUUUAGCUGUAGUUCUGGCAAAGGAGUGAAGGCAUCCUCAAUUAAAAUGUUUAAAACUGAUAUAUAAUAAAUGCUCUGAUCUUGCUGCUUGCUGAAGAAAGUAUUUGUUAUAAGCUGCUGAACCGUACAAUCUGUUCUUAAUACAAAUCCAAUGAAAAGGCAACAAUGUGAACCUCAUGGUGGCGCUAGAGGAAAAGUCAGGGGCUGCUUCCUCAAUAACCUGUUAUUUAAAUACAUGAGAUAGUUUGGUCUGGACCAAAUAGGUCGACCAAGUGACUAAUAUAGGGGAGUAAAGUGUGAUGGGAAUACAUCUGCAGCCCAGCAGAAGAUAAUGUUAAAAAAGAAGCAGGAUAACAGUUUGACCUGAUCAAACACCAACAGAGCCGAACAUCGAAACACGCUAUCUGUCGUUUGACAAAGAAACAUAGCAGAUAACUGUCAAGAUUUAUUUUCUUUCAUAUCUGUACAACUCGUGUUCUUCUUAUACAGAGUGACAUAUUUGACCAUCCUGUCUUUGUAAGUGUUCAAGGAACAUUUCCCCACAGACACACCUGUGUGCUACUGAUCUGUAUUCUACAACGUCUGUUCCAAAAGAAAGCCACACAGCAGAGAGACCACAAGUGAUCUCAGCUAAAUGCAAUGUAAUGUAAUCUCCAGGAAAAUAACAGGAAGUCAGUGACAAUAUAUAAAAAAAUGUGUUAUGCUGCUUCAUACUGCUACUCCACUUCAUAUCAGGGGAAUAUUGUCUUUACGACACAACCUUUUUCUAAAGCUACAGUCACUGGCAUUAAGAAACCUGCUUUUAAAAUACAACAUAUAAAUAAUAAGCCAGUGGUUCCCAAACGUUUAGUGUGACGAUAUGUCUAUGAUUUGUUAACAGAGAGUCAGACAGUCAGAAAUCAACGAGGUGGAGUAACCGUUCGAUAAAUGACAAAAUGUGAAUACAAAUGUAGUUAUCAUAUCUUCUUUCUUCUCAUGAACCACCUUAUGAUCCCUCAGAUUUAACUGGUGACCCUCUAGGUUGAAAACCUUUGAACUAAACUAGCUAACUUGUACUCAAAGUAGUUAAAACUAGCUGACCAGAGCCGCUACAACUGAGAAAUGUUGAUCUAAAAUGUAUGCAUCUAAUGUCACAUAAAACCAGUCACAAGAAGCACUUUACUGCAGAAUGAGUACAUUUACUGCGGAUAUUUCAGGGAUAUUGUGGUGAAAAUACUUUCAUACCUAGGGCGAGUUUUUAAAUGCAGGACUUUCACUUUUAUCCGUAUACUUUUAAAUAGCAGUAUUGUUACUUUAACUUUUAUAAAGGAUCUGAGUAAUUUUUCCACCACUGUGUUCCUUACAUUGUUUUCUGUUUGGGUGUUACUCUUGUGUUUUUAUGCAGGGAAAUCUCAACUAUAAAGAGUACUUAGAAUGUUAAUAACAUAUUAAACGUAUACAAAAGAAA